GUCAUUCCUGCUGGGGGGUCGCUGAUAGCGACACUGUAAGAUGGCAGGAGGAAUUCUCAGCAAUUUGGACAACCUGUGUAAUGUGGACUGCGCUAAUGUCCACCCCCUGGUGUGCCACCUGUGCCAUGAGCAGUACCAGUCUCCGUGUCUGCUGGACUGCUACCACAUCUUCUGUGCCCGUUGCUUAUUGGGCCGGACCAAUGACAGCCGACUCAGCUGCCCCCUCUGCGGAUACCUGUCCAUCAUAAAGGCAAACAAUGGCCUCCCACCAGAGGACCGUCUGCUGAAGUUCCUGGUGGACAACAACGCAGACACAGAAGAAACAGUGCAGUGUGCCAACUGUGACCAAGAGAGCAACAAAAAGGACUCCGGUGUGAUGUUCUACUGUAACACCUGUAACCAGCCUCUGUGCUGCGCUUGCAGGGAGCUCACACACAAGGCCAGAAUGUUCUCCCACCAUGAUAUCGUCUCGCUGGCCAAGCGCACUAAAGCCAAACACAGGAAGUGUGCUCUUCACGAGGAGCCCUACAUCCUCUUCUCCACUGAGAACAAGUCCAUGCUUUGCAUCAAGUGCUUCCGAGACAUGCAAGUAGAGAGUCGCACUCACUGCAUUGACAUUGAGACGGCCUACGUCCAAGGAUGCGAGAUGUUAGACCAGGCCGUGCUGGUAGUGAAGGAGCUGCAAACGUCCACUCGAGAAGCCAUCUUUCUGCUGAGGUCCAUGAUAGGAGAAGUGUGUUUGAACGUGGAGGAGGAGGAGAGCGCCAUCUGCUCUCUGUUCAACAGUCUGCAGGAAAAAUUGGCUGAGAGAAAGAAGAUUCUGCUGAAAGCUGCUCAAAGCCAGCAUGAGGAGAAGGAGAAAGCGCUAAAGGAGCAGCUCUCACACCUCACGUCUCUCCUGCCGACACUCCAGGUCCAUCUGGUCACCUGCUCCGCCUUCCUGAGCUCAGCCAACAUGUUUGAGUUUUUGGACAUGGGCUAUCAACUGAUGGAGCGACUGAAGAGGAUCGUUAAGCUUCCUCAUCGCCUCAGACCAGUGCAAAGUAGCAAAAUCAACACGGACUACCGCAGCGAGUUCGCCCGUUGUCUGGAGCCCUUGCUGCUGAUUGGACAGCGCUGCGCCCCCUCCGUCACCGGCUCCUCCAGCAUCGCCACAAGGCUGCAGUCGCCUCUCUCCAUGUCUUGCCGCUCCCUGUCUCUCAGUGAGAUGCCGCUUGGCUCCGUGUUGGGGCGGAGGCCUACGUCUCAUCGCAACAUCUGCACCAAGGUCCUCCUGGCCGAGGGGAGGGAGACGCCCUUCACCAAGCACUGUAACAACUACGAGAACAGCUACAGGACUCUGCAGACAGAGAUCCAGAACCUUAAGGACCAGGUCCAGGAGCUGCACAGAGAUCUCACCAAGCAUCACUCCAUCAUCAACACGGACCAAAUGGGCGAGAUCUUGGACCGAUCGCUGCACAUCGAUAGCCAGAUAGCUUCUCAGUACUCCACGGUGGAAACUAUGAGGGCCAUGUUUGAAGAGAUCUGGGAUGAGACUUUUCAGAGGGUCACCAAUGAGCAGGAGAUCUACGAAGCCCAGCUUCAUGAUCUGAUGCAGUUGAAGCAGGAGAACUCGUACCUAACCACCAUCGCCAGGCAGAUCAGCCCUUACAUCCUGUCCAUCGCCAAGGUCAAAGAGAGACUGGAACCCAGGUUCCAGGAGCCCAAAGAGCACUGUGACGACCGCACGGAAACAAUGUUGAAGAUUUAUGAAGACAGCACAAUGGCGACAGAGAGACAAGACAGUGGGAAGCAGACGUGUGUGACAGAACAAGACAGAGAUAAGAACAACCAUCCUCUGAUGCUCUAACCCCACCCACGUUUUAAAAAAAAGCCCCCUAAUGAUGCAGACGGCGUGCCUGGAUGCCUUCUUCCUGUGUGACAGGAACCUCCAUGUGACUGAGCAGGGUGUGUGGGAAGCUGUCGGCGGCUCAAUGGGUGUGAAACCUUUGGGUGUCAGCGUUAAGUGGAUGUGCAGACGUGGAGGUCAGGCUGCUGUCAGGACCUGACGUGGACCCACCGUGAAGAAGAGACGCCCUUUAGCGUUAAUAAUGCGGAGGUUAUGGCCUCUUCCACACAGACCAUCCACCAUAAUAGAAAUAUACAACAUAAGGUGGACAGAAAUAUUGAAAUUUGUUCUCAAUCAGAAAUCACUCCACACUCUUUAUUGCUCUCUGUUUCUACCAUAUCUUACUUAUUGUGUGGAAAUAUGGGCUAAUAACUAUAAAAGCAAUCGUCACUCACUAAAUGUACUGCAAAAAAAGGCCAGUAAGGAUAAUUCAUAAUGCCGCCUACAGAGAACAUACUAACUCCUUAUUUCUAAAAUCACAAAUACUUCAACUUGCUGAUAUAGUUCAUCUUCAAACAGCUAAAAUAAUGCAUAAGGCUAAAAAUAACCAAUUAGUUAAAAAUGUCAUCCAAUACUUCUCUACAAGAGAGGAGAAAUAUGAUCUCAGGGAAGAAGUACAUUUGAAACACUUAUACGUAUAUCACUAUAUUGACACUUACUAUGGUACACAUUAUGUCAUUGGAUACUCAUAUCACCUCGUACUUUGGUACGGGACAAAAAAUAAAAAUAAAAAACUUAAACUAUAUUAUGAAAGCAGGAAGUGAACAAAUGUAACAGUUACUGAUUGUAAAAGUACCAGAUGGAGGGGUAGGAUUUAAUAAGCUUUGCUUCUUCCUACUCCUUUUGGACAUGUGGAACUGUGAACUGAUUAUGUGAUGCAUUCAAUUGUCAUCUGAUGCAUGUUCAAAUGAAAUUAAACCAUUACCAUUACCAUUGAUCCAUCUGCAUUUCACACCAAAGCUGAAUAUAUAUAUAUAUAACAUACUUUUUUUGCAAGAAAAACAUUUCCACCUUCAUAUCUCACCCAAAAUAUUAAUUUACUUCCGAGUGGGUCGGGAAAAACAACCUCUGCUGUUGAUAAUGUGACGCUGACUGAUGGAAGGAAAAAGCUUAUUUACAUUUCAUCGACGGCAGCUAAAGUUGGGGAAGU